CAACACCCUGUCUUCCUGUGAUACUGACUUUGUCUCGACGUUUUUGUUGACUUGCAACUGAAUGGUUCGAUGAUGGGAACUGGACGAGUGUCCUGUCUUUCCACCUUGACAGCCACGGAACAUCGCGUUCAUGCCUGCUCACGAUGUGCCUCUGAAGCUUCUUCCAAGUGGUAUGUUCUGUUUAUUUUGAUAUGGCUUUUCCUGCCUUGCCUUCUUCCUCUUUUCUCCCCAAGUCAUGGACAUACGCCUCGCCACAGCCAUGGGCGGUGGUAUCGCCUCUCUAUCCGCCUUCCAUUCCAUCGAUUCCAUUCACCUUCCGCAUUUUCCCAUCCUUCUCUUUCCUCCCUUUCAUUCGACCCCCCUUUCGGGACCUUCUCUUUGUUUUUGUUUUUUGUUUUUUGCAUCCAGCCAUCCAGUCAACACCAAGGCAGUCCUGCUUCCCUUCACCUCCACCUCGCUAUCACUCGCCAGCUGAACCGCUAGAGUCAAUGCCCACGGCCGUGACAUAAAGGCCCUUGGAAAAGAUGGGAAUUCCUCCCGUCCUCUCACCCUCAACUUCCGUCCUCCAUCUCCUUCCCCCCUCCGUUGCCUCGCCAGUGGCGUCUCAGGGCUCACUCUCCGUCCGGGCUCUCCCUGGUGCUCGCGUUAUUCUCGUCCGAAGUGACAGCGGGCAGCGCGGGCAGACGAGAAAUAUACCUAUAAACCCAACUCCCCACCCUAACACUAAUAAUCACAUGGCCAUAAGGCGGCCAG